AUGUACCAAGCCACAAAACCUGUGCAGCUGAGAACUUCGGACAAGCUGCGCCAAACUGAUCGGUCGGGACAAAACCAGCAAUUUGUGAAAAAACUUGAUGAGACAGACGAAAGCGUAGACCCUUUCGAUGCGAACGAUACGACGAAACGACGGAUUGAGGCCAGAUCCGAGCACCAAUCGUGGAUGGGCGUUUCACGUUUGGAGAGUCGAGCCAGCGACCCUCCGGUUCGGCCUCGCCCAGUCUCUCCGACACGACGCCCUCGAGACUCGUGUCAGCUGUACCGUCGUGAGGUCAUCUCGUUCCGAUGA